CUCUCCACUCCUCUACCCUUCCCCGAAAAGUCAGCGCCGCUCGCCUCUCUCUCUAUCUCUCUCUUUGUCUCUGUCUUCUCUCGGACUUCCGGCUUCCUCCCUUCCCUUGGUCAGCGCCGCCGUCUCGCUUCGCACGCGGCGGAGCAUGGCUAGAUAAGCGGAGCCCACCCCGGGUCAGAUCUUCGUGGGAGCGCGCGCUGAGGUUUGUGGAUUGAGGGGAAUGGCAGACGAUGACUGGGAUCUUGGCGCGGUGGUAAGGAGCUGCAGGCCGUCGGGGGCGGCGGCGGCGCCGAGACAACCCUUCUCUUCGUUUCCUCCGCCGACGGUGCCGCUCGAGGCGGGGGAGGAGGCGGAGGGAGUUAAAGAUGGCUCUUUUGUGGGUUUCCCGGAUCUGUUCCGGAGUAGCGACGGUCUGCAGGAGCUGGAGGAGCUCUGCAAGCCCUUCGUCCCUAAAGUCCGGCAGCAACCGCAGCAGCUGGCGCGGGCGAGCCCGUCGUCCGCUUCCCCUGCCUCCGCCGCUUCUGCCGUCGCCUUGCCGAGGCCGCAUCAACCGCCGCCGUCGAGGCAGCAUCACCGGCCUGCCCCCCAGAUCGCCCGCUCCAAACGAAGGAAGAACCAGCAGAAGAAGGUGGUGUGUCACGUCCCCGCCGCCGGGCUCUCCUCCGACGUGUGGGCGUGGCGGAAGUACGGCCAGAAACCCAUCAAGGGAUCUCCUUAUCCUCGCGGAUACUACAGGUGUAGCAGCUCCAAGGGCUGCCUCGCCCGCAAGCAGGUGGAGCGCAGCCGGACAGACCCGGGCAUGUUCAUCAUCACCUACACCGCCGAGCACAACCACCCCGUGCCCACCCACCGCAACUCCCUCGCCGGCAGCACCCGCCACAAGUUCCCUUCCACAACCCCCGCCGCCGCGGCCGAAGAAGACGGCGGCGGCGGCCGCCCUCCGCCCGGAAACCCGUCCUCCAGCCCCCCGUCGUCGUCUACCGCCGCGGGGCUCUCCCCCAACACCCCCCUCACGGCCUCCAUGGAGGACGAGCUCCUGCGCCGCCCGCCACAGGACGGGGACGACGCUGACGCCGACGACGGGGAGGACGAGGAAGUGGACGAAGACGAGGAAAUGCUACUGGUGGAGGACAUGGAGGUCAUGGGCGAGGACGACCUGCUCUUCAGGGGCGGCGCGGAGGAAUCUACUGGCCCCGCAGCCGCCGCCGCCUCCGAUACCACGCCGGAGGCAGCGGCGUUCUUCGGCGAUGACGGCGAGUUGGGAGACCACUUCUUCCAACCGCCAUGGCUGUCUAAAAGUAACAACGCGGCCACCGCAGCUGGUGGCAGCUGAUGCCACUUCUUCUGUUCGUUCUUUCGCCGGCAGAGAAUAGACAGAAGAGAGGAAAAGAAACAGAGCAGUAUGGAAGACAACAUCGUAUCCGUCCAUUUUCGCUGAUCACAUAUCUCCACCGUUAGUUUUCCUUUUUCUUUUCUUUAACUGUACACUGUACAGAGAAUUAUGAAGAAAAAAUAUUAGUCUCUUUCCCCUCUCUCUCUCUCUCUCUCUCUCUCUCUGUCAAAUCGACUGAGCGUGGCAGUGUAAUUCUACUGAAUCGUUUCCUGUUUCUGCUGCUGCUGCUGCUGUAAGACGAGUUCUUUCUCUAUAAUCACUUUCCUCAGUUUAA